ACGUCACGCAGUCAGCUGUUCACUUGUUUAGCUUCUUUUCCUCCCUUCUUUUUUUCUACAUGACGGUCCGCAAACCAUCCUCCUACAAUAUCGGCAUUGAAACUGAAUUUCAUCGUUUUCCAAAAAGAGAACACGCCCUAAUUUCCCUCGAGAAGUUAAACGUACACUUUUCUGCCACAUUGGAGUCGUCUUCCGUCGACAUCGACCGAAGAGGUGCUGCCGAUCCCAGGCCUCCGAUCCACGACGGAAGGAGGGGAAGAGGUCGCUGGGAAUCGGGAUGGAGUCAGCAGUGGGUGCCGGUAGACCGGACGGACCAGGCGGUCCGACAGCCCGAUUUGGAUGUGCCUCGUUCAAUCAGGACUCGACGUCCUUGGCUGUGGGAACAAAGACUGGGUACAAGCUGUUUUCUCUGACCACAGUGGAUAAGCUAGACUGCAUUCAUGAGAGUGAGAUGUCCGAUAUCUGCAUCGUGGAGCGUCUCUUCUCUAGCAGUCUGGUUGUCAUUGUUAGAACCACCACAUCGCAAUGCAUGAACAUCUACCACUUCAAGAAGGGUACAGAGAUCUGCAGCUACAACUACCCCAACAAAAUCCUCGCCGUCAAGCUCAACAGACACAGACUUGUUGUGUGCCUUGAGGAAUCCAUUUAUAUUCAUAACAUCAAAGACAUGAAGCUGCUCAAGACUUUGCUCAACAUUCCGUCCAACCCUUCAGGUCUGUGUGCUUUAUCUACCAAUCAUUCAAGCAACUCCUACAUUGCAUAUCCUGGCAGCGCUACAAUGGGAGAGACUGUAGUUUAUGAUGCCAACAACAUGAGUACAGUGACAAUGGUCCCAGCGCACGACAGUCCUCUGGCAGCUCUUUGCUUCAAUGCCUCAGCAACUAAACUUGCCAGCGCAUCAGAGCGGGGCACUGUAAUCCGAGUGUUUUCCAUUCCUGAAGGUUUACGUCUGUUUGAGUUCCGUCGUGGCAUGAAGAGGUACGUCAACAUAAGCUCUUUGUCCUUCAGCCCAGAUGCCCAGUUCCUCUGUGCUUCCAGCAACACAGAAACGGUACAUAUCUUUAAGCUGGAGCAAGUUGGACAAAGUGGUGAGGAGAGUGCCACUUGGUCAGCCUAUGUGGGAAAGAUGUUCACAGCAGCCAGCAGCUACCUACCUGCUCAGGUGUCUGGUAUGAUCAGCCAGGACCGCGCCUUUGCCACGGUUCAUCUUGUCACGUCAGGCCAGAGGAACGUCUGUACGCUGGCCACGAUCCAGAAGCUUCCACGUUUGCUUGCCGCCACUGCCGAUGGACACCUUUUCAUCUACAAUGUGAAUCCACAAGACGGAGGAGAGUGCAUAUUGGCGCACAGUCACAGACUUUUUAGUAAUGACCUGGAUGAGGGUGAUCAAGUGACACAGGGAUCGAACAUUACAAUGCCAGCACAGGCAUGUCCGUCUUAUGCUGCAACUGUUGCUUUACCAGCUUCUGGUCCUAUCACAGCAACUCUUACUGGCUACUCCGAAGAUGGUGGUGCAAAGAACGGGGAAGUAAUCCCAGAACACGAGUUUGCCGCUGGACCCGUGUGUUUGGAUGAUGAGAACGAGUUUCCUCCUGUGAGCAUCCAGAAGUGCUAACUAAGCAAGUUCCUGUAGUAAUAAAUCCGAUCAACUGGUGCCGUGAUGAGACUGGAGCUGGCCAAGGGGGGCGCUUGUGGUGAUUAAAGGUCACGUUCAAGCCCAAGCAAGCGAGAACACAGAACACUUUUCAUGAGGCUAAGUUACUUUUUCUUUCUAUAAUAAAAAUAGUAGAGACUAGUGACUUAGUGUUGAUGGGAACAAGGCACUAGUAGUUUACACAUUCCCUACACAACUCCAGAAAUGUGGCCUUACGGUAAAUGUGUUAGAAAACAGUGCUAUAAUGAUAUAAAUCAGAAUUUUUUCAAAGUGCCCUCAAACGUUCUCCAAACCUACAAUACCAACCAUGAGACUAGAGGAGGUUUAAGAGUUCUUUUCCAUGUAGAUCGAAACGGAAGCAGGAAGUUUAUGCUUAAAGUUAAACUGUCACCUCAGGGGGUAUGUUAUUGAAAUGAAUGAUAAAUUGAUUGAUUGGACUUCAGUAAGCCUGGAGAUGUAGUACUUUGUUGUUGUUGUAAAAUAAACCAAAACAGAGCAAAUACACAGUUUUAAUCUCAAUACAAAUCUUCCGCUGUUGGAUAUGAUGUCAAAGUCUGUAUCCGGAGGCAAAGGGCAGUGGCGUGGUAAGUGGGGUGCUGAGGAAGCUGCAGCACCCCCUGGUGUUGGGGAGGAAAAAGUUUUGGUAGAUUGUUUUCAAUAAAUAAAAACAAUUUAAUUUAAUACAUAAAUAUAUUGUAACAAUAGAACAUUUAACUCUGGAGAUACGAUAUAUAUAUGUCGAUUUUUUAUUGUAGCGUUUUAGCAGUUUUUUUUUCCAAGCAAUUCAAUCGUUUUUAUCAGAACAAUGGUUAAAUAAGUGUUGUGUGAGGAACAAUUUUUAAUUCUUGUUGUGUAUGAAAUUGCUCCAACUCGAGCAAGCCUCUAUAGAUUUCUAUCAGACCGAGCGGCGAGAGCCGAGUAGAUUGAGCACAUUGAGAAAGUGGAGCGGAUCGGACAAGCUUUAGCCAGUUGAUGGCCUGUAGCCAAAAGUGCCUGUCCAAAGUCCAAAAAUCACGGUUUUAAUAUUUCCAAAAGAAUUAUUUGUUUUUCAAUCCUUAUGUUUUCUUUUGUGUAGAAUCAAGAGGCAUAAAUGUAAGAUUAUACAAUUCGUUAUACCCAGUAGACGCAUGAGAUCUGAUGGAAAUUUAGCGAAACCUAAUGCUUCCGUGUCGGGCUCCCUCUCUUUCUCUCACACAUUCUCACUUUCUCUCACACACACUCUCACAAAUGGUGAUUCUGUUUUUUGCAACCUACUUCCUCUUCUAACCUACUUUCAAUUUCAUAUUUCGACUCGUCACACCAUGAAGUCGCAAAGUCUCGACUACUGUUUCCCAUUGACUCAUAUGCCCCCUGCCAGAAUCCUUAUCAAAUUAGUCAUCUGUUUCAACUAUGCCGAGAUAAACCGCAACGAAAAAUAUUUUUAUUGCACAAUUUAAUGAGUCGUGGAUCGGUGUGUCUUUAUAAUUGAUUUUUGAAUACCUAUUGAUAAGAUUCAAUCAUUUAAUCAAUGUGGAAAAAAUUGUGACAACGGGCCAUUAAGUAUUUAAUGAAUAUUUGAGGUGCAUGCAGGGACAGCAAUAUAAUCAUAAUCUUCAAAGCUCUAUUACUUGACAGCUAUUUUAUUAAGAUGUAUUAUUCUAGAAACAUUUAUUUUUAGUUAACUCAUGAUAACAUAUUUCAUUUUCAACUGGUGUUUUAUUAUACUUUGUUAUGAGAUAUGUGUUGAUGUCCUGCAUACAAGUAAGGAAAUGUGUAUGUACUGUAUGUUGUUUGUGACUGAUAUUAGUUAUCUAACAAAGCAAAGAGUUUUGCGGAUUGCACAAGACAAAAUCAAAUGAAUCAAAUAAACAAGGAAAGUGAAGAAACUAGUGAACUGGAUUUUGUUUCAUUAUUAUCUUUCAACCAAAUGUGUUAUACAAACAUUACAAUUUUGGUUCGUUUCGUUAAGUGCCUGGUUCGG